AUGCCGGAGAAGACAUACAAAGAGAUGAAGGAGGCGUGGGUGACGGGUCACACCGGAAGCUCUGUCGCCGAAGUGAAUAGCGUCUCCCUCGCAAUGCCUUUGAGCAUCCUGCUGUGGUCUGUAUUACAACAACGACUUCGACUAUUCAUCCCGUACACGUCAGCCGCCUGCUUCGUCGACUUCCUCCUCAAUUGCGCCGCAACACUCUGCGCAACGACCAUCUACUCCUCGUCGCCAUGGGCCCUGAAUUUCCUGCUGCUACUACCAGUAGUUGGCCUACUUAUCCUCGAACAACCAGCUACAGCCAAACGAGACGUACCACGGCCGCUGAAGAAGGACAAGCCCGCAGAGACGAAGCUCGAUGCUCUACCGGUGAAGCCUUUCAUCACACAUUAUAGGGGUGCUAUGAUGGUCAUGACAUGUGUUGCGAUCCUGGCUGUGGACUUUCCCAUCUUUCCACGGCGCUUUGCGAAGGUCGAGAACUGGGGUACAUCGUUGAUGGACAUGGGUGUAGGAUCAUUCGUUUUCACAGCCGGUGUGGUCUCUGCUCGAUCAGCAUUGAAGGAGGGUUCUGGCAGGAGGCCACCGCUAUCGAAACGCUUGAUCACGUCCUUCAGACAUGCUAUACCACUGCUGGUCCUCGGCACGAUCCGUUUCAUCUCUGUCAAAGGUCUCGAUUAUGCUGAGCAUGUCACAGAAUACGGAGUGCACUGGAACUUUUUCUUUACUCUCGGCUUUCUGCCCCCUUUUGCCGCUCUGCUGCAAAUCAUUUUCGACCUGGUACCUUCUUACACCGUGCUCUCCUGUGUCCUCGCAGGUCUGUAUGAGCUGGCUCUUGACAACACAUCACUCGGUGCUUUCAUCCUAACUGCACCACGCACAGACCUGCUGUCCAAGAACCGCGAAGGUAUCUUCUCGUUCGUUGGCUAUCUUGCUAUCUUCCUCGCUGGUCAAUCUCUGGGUUUGUCUGCGCUGCCCAGACAGCAGCCACUAUCCAAAGGUGCCUCGGCUAUGACAAAGUUACGCCAAACGACACUCGGGCGACUCGCCCUCACUUCUGUCAUGUGGACAGCUUUCUUCUACUUCUCGACUAGCUACUAUGGUCUUGGGCUCUCCGUAUCUCGACGCCUUGCCAACCUCCCCUACUUCUUAUGGGUGUCCUCCUUCAACAGCUACCAGAUCACGAUCGUCUGCGCCAUCGAAAGUGUUCUAUUUCCAAACCUUUACAGGGCUUCCACAAAGGAAGAAGAAGUCCGGAGAACCAGAGACGCCACAAGCACUGUGCUGUAUGCUUUCAAUCGCAAUGGUCUUGCAGUUUUCCUGGUUGCUAAUCUGUUGACUGGCCUUGUCAAUAUGACGAUACCGACCCUCCACAUAGGCGUCCUGCAGUCGAUGGCGGUACUUGUGGCAUACAUCGCUACUGUGACUGGACUCGCUGUGGGCUUGGACCGUAACAACGUGUCGAUCAAACUGUAAAGGCCUUGUUCAAGAGCGAUUGUGGCUUCUAGUGCUCUACUCCAAUCGAUGACUGGCUCGACGUUGCCUUCCUCUAGAAUCUCCUCAUAGGCUGCCACCCAUCUGUUCAUCAGGUAUACAACCUCUCCAGGGAACCUCGCACUAAAUCCGUCUUUCAACAGUCGUCAGGUCUCCUAUGCGCUGGUAUGCUAGCGAUUGUUCAACGCCACUUCUAGCGUCUGGUCUUGGAACUUGUCUGGAUCUCCAGAUCACGAUGGGGCGGUCGAGUCGGCGAGCUGGACGGUAAUUCUCCAUCCAUUCGAUCUGCGCCAUACGCAAUAUCAGAAUUACAAAGUCUGUAGCGACUGAGCUGUAUCUCCCAGGUCCAACAGCGAAUCUGGCCUAAACCGGCGUCUUGGCCACAUCACUACAUCUGAACUCCUAGCAAUCUUCAAGAACCUGCCCUCCACUGCUAUGUCGUAGUGUACGCCUGCGAAGAGCCCAG